GCGUGCUGGUGUGCCGGCGUGCUGGUGUGCCGGCUCACCCUGAGGGCUUCAAAAUUCACCUCUAGUCCCUGAGUGAGCUGCUUCUCUGGUUCAGGUGCUCCUUUGGUUUUUAAACCUUCCUAAGCAGGGUGCUUAGGCACAUUCUGCGGGGUUGAGGUCCAUGCAGUCGCUUGGACUCUGUAAUAUCGUUGUUUAAAGACAUAAAAAACUGAAAUAUUGUCAGUUUGGAGAGCUGUGCUGUCAGCUUGCCUCUCCUUUAUCCCUUUUCCUACUGCUGUCAGCUUCACCGGUAUACAGCCAGUGCCUGAGUAAAAUGAGCUAAUCCAGUUGCUGUUCAUCUCGAUCCCGACAGUCCUGCUAGGUUUACAUUCAGAAAAUCACAGGGAAAACAAAAUUAGAAGGCACUCAUGAUGUCUUUACCAUUCUAUCAAAGACACCAUGACCAUUACGACCGUGCGUAUCGCCAUAAAGCACUGCAGUCAACUGUAAGCCAGUACCAAAAGGAAACAAAGAGCAAAUCUGCUGUCUAUGCUCAAGGAUCUGCAGCUUAUGCCAGGGGAUCUGCAGCCUACCGCCAUGCUUCUGCAGCAGACUUCAGCCUCGACUCUUCAGCAGCAUAUAGCCAUGGCUCUUCAGCCCACAACCUUGAGUCAGCAGCCUACAGCUAUGGAUCUACAGCCUAUGAUCACGCUGCUGUGCAAAGUAAGAGAUCUGCUGCCUACAGUCUUGACUCUGAAGCCCUCAGCAAGAGCUCUGCUGCGUAUAGUCAUGGAUCUGAAUCAAUCAACAAGCUGGCUGCAGCCUACCGCCUGGGGUCAGAGACCUACGGUCUUGGACUGAAAGAUUCCAAUCUAAUGAUCGAAGAUCAGUCCUAUAAAAUGAGCCCCAAAGCAAAGAGAGCAAGACAGCAUUUGGUAUCUGAGGACAAAGAGAAUGAAGCCACAGACUAUUCAGUACCUAUUUUCACAGGACGUGAAGUAAAUAUCAGUGGGAUCACAGAUACAGAAGAAGAAAGAAUUAAAGAGAGCGCUGCCUACGUUGCCAAAAGGAACCUCUUUGCGACUGGUGAAGGAGUUAGUGUCAGCAAGGUGGCCAAGUCUGUCUCUGAAGAGGAACAUCAUGAGAAAAAAUCAAGGAAAGUAGCGAUACGGGAGUCUGCAGAGCGUGUGGCCCUGAAGAAAACGCUAGAAGAUACUCAGGCGUUUCACAAAAAGUUGAAUCAAGAUAAACUUUUACAUCCUCCUGAGUUUGUUAUUGAACCUCGUUCUCACACUAUCUGGGAAAAGCAAAAUGUCAAAUUUCAUUGCACAGUGGCUGGCUGGCCAGUACCCCGUGUUACGUGGUACAAAAACAAUGUCCCCAUUGAUGUACAGGCUCACCCUGGCAAAUAUACCAUUGAAAAUCGAUAUGGAUUGCACUCCCUGGAGAUCAGCACAUGUGAUUUUGAUGACAUUGCUCAGUACCGGGCAUCUGCUAUGAAUGUUAAAGGAGAAGUUUCGGCUUAUGCUUCCCUUGUGGUAAAGAGGUACAAAGGAGAAAUUGAUGCCAGUCAUUUGCAUGCUGGGACGUUUUCCAUGCCUCUGAGCCUUGGUGUUACCCCACAUGGCUUCGCUUCCAGGUUCGAAAUCAAAUUUAUUGACAAGUUUGAGGUAACGUUUGGGAGAGAAGGUGAGACGAUGAGUCUGGGCUGCACGGUUGUCAUCAGUCCUGAUAUCAAGCGCUUCAAACCAGACAUCGAGUGGUACCGCAAUGGUGUUCUUAUUACACCAUCCAAAUGGGUCCAGAUGCACUGGACUGGGGAGAGAGCUUCGUUAACACUGACUCAUGCGAACAAGGAAGAUGAAGGUCUUUACACUCUGCGUGUUGUGAUGGGAGAAUACUAUGAAGAGUAUAGUGGCUAUGUCUUUGUUCGAGAUGCUGAUGCUGAGAUCCCAGGAGCCCCUGGCGCACCGCUGGAUGUGCAGUGCUUAGAUGCCAACAAGGAUUAUGUCAUUGUGUCCUGGAAGCAGCCAGCUGUUGAUGGAGGAAACCCCAUCCUCGGAUACUUCAUUGACAGGUGUGAGGUUGGCACCACCCACUGGACCCAAUGCAAUGAGACUCCGGUGAAGUUUGCUCGUUUUCCUGUCACUGGUUUGAUCGAGGGCCGCUCCUACAUCUUCCGAGUCCGAGCGGUGAACAGAGCUGGUGUUAGCCUACCAUCCCGUGUGUCAGAGCCUGUGGCUGCCCUGGAUCCCGCAGACAGAGCCAGACUGAGAAGUCACCCUUCCGCUCCUUGGACAGGACAGAUUAUUGUCACUGAGGAGGAACCUGCAGAGGGUGUCAUUCCUGGUCCACCUACAGACCUCCAAGUUAUUGAAGCUACCAAGAACUAUGUUGUGUUGAGCUGGAAACCUCCUGGACAGCGGGGCCAUGAGGGUAUCAUGUAUUUUGUGGAAAAGUGCAUUGCUGGCACAGAGGACUGGCAAAGGGUGAACACCGAGAUCCCUGUGAAGUCCCCUCGCUUUGCAGUUUUUGAUUUGUCUGAAGGCAAAUCCUAUUGCUUCCGGGUUCGCUGUUGCAAUUCAGCUGGAAUCGGUGAGCCUUCAGAAGCAACUGAAGCCACUGUGGUGGAUGACAAACUUGAUAUUCCCAAACCUCCUGGCCGUAUUAUGCCAACUAGAAACACAGAUACCUCCGUUGUUGUCACUUGGACAGAACCCCCAGAUGCCAAGGAGUUGGUUGGAUAUUACAUCGAGUCAAGUGUGGUUGGAUCUGGUCAUUGGGAACCAUGCAACAACAAUCCAGUCAAAGGCACAAGAUUCAUUUGCCAUGGGCUUGUCAACGGUGAGAAGUACAUUUUCAGAGUCAGGGCUGUUAAUGCAGCUGGACUCAGUGAAUUUUCCCAGGAUUCAGAGCCUAUAGAAGUGCAAGCAGCCAUUGGGGGAGGAUUGCUUCAUGGUGUGUGUCCUGAACUGAGUGGUAAAGCUGAUGGACUAACAGACUGCACUACCAGCUGGGAAGGCAUGCAUGAGUCCUCCCAGCCUAUCUUUGACACAGAUGCUUUGCUAAAAUGCAAUGCUAAAUUUAAUAGAGACCCGCUACCCAGUAGCUCUGACAAACUGGGGAGUACAGGAGACGAUAACUUGAAAGAAAUGGUUAAGGAUGUUAUCACAUCUGCACCACGAAAAAUCGUUGCUAAGCAGGCAAGUAAGUCUCGACCCGGGGAUCCUUUGACAAUGGAAAAAAUGAAAAAGAAGAAAGAUAUAGCUGCUCCAUCUCCACCAUAUGACAUCAUGGUCCUUGAGAGUGUUCGGGACUCCAUGGUGUUAGGAUGGAAACAACCCAAAGCCACUGGGGGAACUGAAAUUACUGGCUACUACGUGAACUACCGUGAAGUGAUUGGUGGAGCUCCUGGGAAAUGGAGGGAGGCCAACAUUAAAGCCGUUAGCGAGAGGGCAUACAGGAUUGAAAACCUGAAGGAAAACAUGGUGUACCAGUUCCAGGUAGCUGCUGCUAACCUGGCUGGGGUUGGGACACCCUCCCUGCCCAGCAAGCCCUUCAAAUGUGAAGAAUGGACCAUUGCUGUACCUGGGCCACCUCACGAUGUCACAUACACAGAAGUUAGGAAGGACUCUUUGGUAUUACUGUGGAAGGAACCAGUUUAUACUGGUCGUAGUCCUAUAGCUGGUUACUACAUUGAUAUGAAGGAAACUGAAGCAAAGGAGGAACGUUGGAGAAGCGUCAAUGAGAAGCCACUUCAAAAGAAAUUCUUGAAGAUAGCUGGCCUAACAGAAGGGGUGAGCUAUGUGUUCCGUGUGCGGGCAACAAACCAGGCUGGUGUUGGGAGACCAUCGGAUAUCACUGAUCCCGUUGUAGCUGAGACACGGCCAGGAACUAAGGAAGUGGUGGUUAAUGUGGAUGACGAUGGAGUCAUUUCCUUGAACUUUGAAUGUGAUCAGAUGUCUCCAAACUCUAAGUUUGUUUGGUCCAAGAACUAUGAGCCAAUUGAGGAUGACUCUCGACUGGACAUCGAUUCCAAAGGCGGAAAGUCAAAAGCAGUCUUUAAGAAUCUUGGGGAAGAUGAUUUGGGAAUUUAUUCCUGUGUUGUUACGGACACUGAUGGAGUUUCAUCAGGCUACACAAUUGACGAAGAAGAAAUGAAACGCCUGCUUGCUCUGAGCCAUGAACACAAAUUCCCAACUAUUCCACUUGCUUCUGAGCUGGCAGUAGAAAUUCUGGAAAAAGGAGAAGUGAGAUUCUGGUUGCAAGCUGAAAAAUUGUCUGGCAAUGCAAAGGCCAACUUUGUAUUUAAUGAUAAGGAAAUUUUUAAUGGAGAGAAAUAUAAGAUGAAGGUGGACCAGCAUACUGGCCUUGUUGAAAUGAUUAUGGAUAAACUUGAGGACAAAGAUGAAGGGACUUACACUUUCCAGCUGCAGGAUGGAAAAGCAACCAAUCAGUCCAGCCUGGUCCUCAUUGGUGAUGUAUUCAAGAAGCUGCGAGAUGAAGCAGAAUUCCAGAGAAAAGAGUGGCACAGGAAACAAGGUCCCCAUUUUGUGGAUCAGCUGGGAUGGGAAGUUACUGAUGAAUGUAACGUGAUGCUGAAAUGUAAGGUGGCCAAUAUUAAGAAGGAAACACAUAUUGUAUGGUACAAAGAUACCAGGGAGAUAAUGGUAGAUGAAGAGCAUGACUUUAAAGAUGGUGUGUGCACCCUGCUGAUAUCAGAGUUUUCAAAGAAAGACACUGGAAUUUAUGAAGUCAUACUGAAGGAUGACAGAGGGAAGGACAUCAGUGAGCUGAAACUUACGGACACAGCUUUUGCAGAUCUGAUGAAUGAAGUAUGCAGAAGGAUUGCUUUAUCUGCAACAGAUCUGAAAAUCCAGAGCACAGCCGAGGGCAUCAGGCUGUACUCCUUUGUCACCUACUAUGUGGAAGAUCUGAGAGUAGGCUGGGUGCACAACGAUACCCAGAUUAGGUUUACAGACAGAGUGAAGACUGGUGUCACUGGGGAACAGAUCUGGCUGCAGAUCAAUGAGCCAACUCCACAAGACAAAGGCAAAUACACAAUGGAACUCUUUGAUGGUAAAACUGGACACAAAAAGACAGUGGAUCUUUCUGGGCAAGCAUUUGAUGAAGCCUUUGCCGAGUUCCAGAGAUUAAAGCAAGCUGCAAUUGCAGAGAAAAAUCGCGCCCGGGUGCUUGGAGGCUUGCCCGAUGUUGUCACCAUCCAGGAAGGCAAGGCACUCAAUCUGUCUUGCACUGUCUGGGGAGAUCCUGCCCCAGAAGUCUCAUGGCUGAAGAACGAAAAAUCGUUUGUGUCAGAUGCUAACUGCAUCCUGAAAUUCGAAGCUGGGAAAAAUGUCAGCUUCACCAUUUCUGCUGUGUCCACACACGACUCUGGGAAGUACAGCCUUGUGGUGAAGAACAAGUAUGGAACGGAGACCAGCGAUGUCACCGUAAGUGUGUUCAUACCAGAGGAAGAGCAAGAGAACAAUAAUGAAAACAAGAAAACGAAAGCAUGAAUGUAAGAGUAGAAACAAAAGCAUAGGGGAGAUUUUGGAUGACAAUGUUGACAUAAAAUGUGUGUGUAAAUGGCUUUCUGUUUUAGCAGGUAGCCUUGGAUUUUUCCAUUCACUUCACUUGUGUUUCUAAUGUGCUCAAUUGUGCCAGGGAAAAUAGUGCCUUUCCUAAAUACUUCCUUACUGCUAACUUCACAAAACCUAGCUGUGCCAUCCUCACCUAGGCCAAAUGCAUGCUGGCUGUAAACACAUUUGCACAAUUUUACCUCGUUCCUGGGGUGUUGGACCCUACCAACUCAGAGUGAAGAAGCAUUUGAGUGGAGGCAACUGACAGGAUAGAUGGAAAGACUGAAAAAUGAUCAAGGCAUUUUGAGCAGCAGUUUAGAUUUGUUCCAACUUUGGUAAUGUAGCAUAGAUGGAAUGUGUUAGCAAAUUCAAACUACAGAGAAAUUAGUGCUGGUCUUCGUCUACAUUAAGGUCCCUCUGUAUUGCUGUGUUAAUUUAGAGAGGCCUUAAUAUGGGUGUAGGUUACAUCCAUAAGUAUUGCUUAAUCUGCCCAAUUGGGGUAAAAGUACUGUAAUAUAAAUGAAAACUAGACUUAGGAGACCAGAAAACUAAUGUGUGCAUGUGUCUGCAGAAAUGUAUGAUCUCUAUGUUCACAAAUAAAUGGAUUCAUUUCUUUCAUUCUA